AUCUCGGCUGAUUACGAACUCUCCGGUGAGUUCCGACUUUAUAAACUGGUUCCGUUAUUUUAAAAAACAGGAAGCGAAGUACCAGUUAAUAAGGCGAAACUAUGGUUUGUGAAAAAUGUCAGAAAAAGCUGGGUAAGGUUAUCACCCCAGAUCCCUGGAAGACAGGUGCGCGUAACACUACUGAAGGGGGAGGCAGAUCAGUGGAUGAAAACAAAGCUCUGACAUCAAAGAAAAACAGAUACAACCCUUAUUCCACUUCAUUUGGAAAAUGUCGGAUCUGCAAGUCGUCGGUACACCAAGUGGGUUCACAUUAUUGUCAAGGGUGUGCAUAUAAGAAAGGUAUCUGUGCGAUGUGUGGGAAAAAAAUCAUAGACACAAAGCAUUACAGACAGACUUCUGUGUGAUGGAAGUGAGCACGUUUGUGAACAGUGAACAUCUCUGUGUGAACAUCUCUGAACAUUCCACUGUGUCUGUGUCGGACUUGAACAGAGCAUGAACUUACAGUGAUGAGCUAUUUUAUUGUACAGUCUUGGACGUCACUGUGUGACUAGAACAGUGCCUAUAGUUACAGUGACAAGUUUUUUUUGCAACUUAACCUGACCUCAAACUAAUUGGACUGUUUUGAGCCAUCCCGUUGGCAGCUUGGAUAUUCGCACCACUCUGCUGAUCUCAUUGGCAGCUGGGAUAUUCGCACCACUCUGCUGAUCCCAUUGGCAGCAGUGAUGUUCACACCACUCUGCUGAUCCCAUUGGCAGCUGGGAUGUUCACACGACUUUGCUGAUCCCAUUGGCAGCUAGGAUGUUCACACCACACUGCUGAUCUCAUUGGCAGCUGGGAUGUUUGCACCACUCUGCUGAUCCCAUUGGCAGCAGUGAUGUUCACACCACUCUGCUGAUCCCAUUGGCAGCUGGGAUGUUCACACUACUCUGCUGAUCCCAUUGGCAGCAGUGAUGUUCACACCACUCUGCUGAUCCCAUUGGCAGCUGGGAUGUUCGCACCACUCUGCUGAUCCCAUUGGCAGCUGGGAUGUUCGCACCACUCUGCUGAUCCCAUUGGCAGCUGGGAUGUUCGCACCACUCUGCUGAUCCCAUUGGCAGCUGGGAUGUUCGCACCACUCUGCUGAUCUCAUUGGCAGCUGGGAUGUUCGCACCACUCUGCUGAUCUCAUUGGCAGCUGGGAUGUUUACACCACUCUGCUGAUCCCAUUGGCAGCUGGGAUGUUCACACCAUUCUGCUGACAUUGGGGAAAUGCCAUUAGUCUGAGGUCAGGUUAAAUAAUCAUGAAAACAGAAAACGAUCCAUGUUUUCCAUUGUACAGUCUUGUCUAUCACCGUGUUAGAUGUGAACAGUGCAUGUUGAUUCAUUGUUCAGUAUCGGCUGUCACUGUCAGAUGACGAUGUUCAAAUAAGGAGACAAGCUAAAAUUCUUAAAUCUCUUUAUUUUAUUACAGCAAUGUUAUUGUAGUACAUCCAAUAUGUGGCUUCAGGUUGCCUGGACAUUUUUAAGAAUACUAGUAAAUGAUAGUUUACUGUUAUCACUGAUGGGUAAUGACUUUGGAGUCGACAAGCACCUGCCAUUUAUAGGUCUUGUACGCAGUAUUGAAUGGUGUGAAGUUAAAAGAUAGGUGGUAAUUGAACCACAUAACCACGACAAAGGAAAGGAGUUGCUGGAGAGAUCGUUUGGGGAACAAUUCAUCUCCUUAAAUUAUUUAAAACUCUUUCUUAAUGUAUGUAUGUAUGUAAAUAAAAAAUACAAAUCUA